UCUGUGCGCUUUCGCUGCCCUAUAUCAUUGUAGCGUACGCUCAGUUCAAGCGACAUGCAUACAGUGCAAAAGAUGUGCUUACUACAUACAUCAGUGAAACACCUUUAGGACUGCAGAGCCGUUGCAUUUUAUCGGUAUUGUCAGAUAUCGAGAGGGGUUUUUCUUUUUUUGUCUCUCAGUCCACGCAGACAGCAUCAGUGGGAAGUGUUACUACCGAGAAGAUCCAGACCAGUGACCAAAAGGGAUUUUUGGUCUGGGUCUGCAGGCUAAUUUGCGGCGCGUGCUAUUUCUUUUAUUCCGAAUUCCGGUGGUAAGCUAGACAUGGCGAGCGACUCUCCGGCUCGAAGCCUGGAUGAAAUAGACCUCUCGUCGCUGAGGGACCCCGCCGGGAUCUUUGAACUCGUGGAGCUGGUGGGAAAUGGGACGUAUGGACAAGUGUACAAGGGUCGCCAUGUCAAGACGGGCCAGCUCGCUGCCAUCAAGGUCAUGGAUGUCACCGGGGACGAGGAGGAGGAGAUCAAACAGGAGAUCAACAUGCUGAAGAAGUACUCCCACCACCCCAACAUUGCCACCUACUAUGGCGCCUUCAUCAAGAAGAACCCCCCGGGCAUCGACGACCAGCUCUGGCUGGUGAUGGAGUUCUGUGGUGCCGGCUCAGUGACAGACCUGAUCAAGAACACGAAGGGGAACUCGCUGAAGGAGGAGUGGACGGCCUACAUCUGCCGGGAGAUCCUCAGGGGUUUGACUCACCUCCACCACCACAAAGUCAUCCACCGGGACAUCAAAGGCCAGAACGUCCUGCUGACUGAGAACGCAGAGGUCAAACUAGUGGAUUUCGGUGUGAGCGCUCAGCUGGACCGCACCGUGGGACGCAGGAACACGUUCAUCGGCACGCCGUACUGGAUGGCACCCGAGGUCAUCGCCUGCGAUGAAAACCCAGACGCCACGUACGACUUCAAGAGCGACCUAUGGUCCUUAGGAAUCACAGCCAUUGAAAUGGCCGAAGGAGCUCCACCCCUGUGUGACAUGCACCCGAUGAGGGCCCUGUUUCUGAUCCCCCGAAAUCCAGCGCCCCGACUCAAGUCCAAGAAGUGGUCCAAGAAGUUCCAGUCUUUCAUUGAGAGCUGCCUGGUGAAGAACCACGGGCAGCGGCCCAGCACUGAGCAGCUCCUCAAACACCCUUUCAUCCGGGACCAGACCAACGAGAGGCAGGUCCGCAUCCAGCUCAAGGACCACAUCGACCGCACCAAAAAGAAGCGGGGGGAGAAAGAUGAGACAGAAUAUGAGUACAGCGGGAGUGAGGAAGAGGAGGAGGAGAAUGACAUGGGCGAGCCCAGCUCUCUCAUCAACAUCCCCGGGGAGUCGACCCUGAGGCGGGACUUCCUGCGCCUGCAGCUAGCCAAUAAGGAGCGGUCGGAGGCCCUGCGCAGACAGCAGCUGGAGCAGCAGCAGAACGAGGAGCACAAGCGCCAACUGCUGGCGGAGAGGCAGAAGCGCAUCGAGGAGCAGAAGGAGCAGAGGCGGAGGCUGGAGGAGCAACAGCGUCGGGAACGGGAGCUCAGGAAGCAGCAGGAGCGCGAGCAGAGGAGGCGCUACGAGGAGAUGGAGCAGCUCAGGAGAGAGGAGGAGAGGAGACAGGCAGAGCGUGAGCAGGAGUAUAUCCGCCGUCAGCUGGAGGAGGAGCAGAGACAGUUAGAGAUCCUGCAGCAGCAGCUCCUACAGGAGCAGGCUCUUCUUCUGGAGUAUAAGCGGAAGCAGCUGGAGGAGCAGCGGCAGGCAGAGCGGCUGCAGAGGCAGCUGCAGCAGGAGAGGGCGUACCUGGUGUCCCUGCAGCAGCAGCAGCAGCAGGAGGCCAGGCCUGCCGACAAGAAGCAGCUCUAUCACUACAAGGACGCGGUGAACCCCAGCGACAAGCCAGCCUGGGCCAAGGAGGUGGAGGAGCGCUCCAAGCUCAACCGGCAGAGCUCGCCGGCGCUGCAGCACAAGGUGGCGAACCGCAUCUCGGACCCGUCCCUGCCGCCGCGCUCCGAGUCCUUCAGCAGCGGCGGGAUCCAGCCCGCCCGCACCCCGCCCAUGCACCGGCCCGUGGAGCCGCAGGUACCCUCGGCCCAGAUGGCUCACCUGGUCCCGGUGAAGUCCCACAGCCCCUCCAUGACGGGCUCCCAGUCCCUCCACGACCAGUCGGACAAGGGCGUCUCAGCCUUCCGGGAGGGCCUGGUCUCCCACCGGCCCGAGAUGCCCCGGCAGAACUCGGAUCCCACCUCCGAGACGCCCACGCCACCCCCCCGCGUCGCCAGCCGCGAGGAUAAGUUCGACCGCAGCUCCUGGCUGAGGCAGGACGACGACAUUCCGCCCAAGGUGCCCCAGCGGACGACCUCCAUCUCUCCCGCCCUGAUGAGGAAGAACUCCCCCGGGAACGGCGGAGGUCUGGGGCCCAGGACAGGCUCUCAGCUCAUCCGCGCCAGUAACCCGGACCUGAGGAAGACAGACGUCUCCAUGGAGACCGGGCUCCAGAGGACCAGCAGCGGCAGCUCCUCCAGCUCCAGCACCCCCAGCUCCCAGGGGGGGUCCCGGCCCAGCUCGCAGGCGGGGUCCAGCGAGAGGACCCGGGACCGAGGGUCCAGUAAGCCCGAGGGGUCGCCCGCCAUGACCCAGGAGCCAACCAAACCCAAACAGGAAGAGGGACGGGACGCACCCCGGCCCAGCCGACCUGCGGACCUGACUGCCCUGGCCAAAGAGUUGCGAGAGCUCCGUAUAGAUGAGACCAACCGGCCUCCCAUCAAGGUGACGGACUAUUCUUCCUCCAGCGAGGAUUCAGAGAGCAGCGAGGAGGAGGAUGGCGAGAACGAGGCGCACGACGGCACGGUGCCCGUCAGCGACAUCCCGCGAAUAAUGCCCUCAGUCCAAGGGGGGAAAGACUCAUAUGGCUUGAUAGGUAGCCAUGACGAUUCCCACGACGACUCCUAUGGCAACGGCUCCAAGGACGGCACCCUGAUGAUGAGAGAGACACUGGCAGACAGGAAGCGCUCUGGUCACGCCGAGAGCAACGGCUUUGCCGGCCACGGCAAUCUCCCCGAUCUGGUACAGCAAAGCCACUCCCCUUCAGGCACACCAACCGAGGGCAUCGGCCGGCUCUCCAACCUGCAUACGCAAGACCUGGACUCCAUCGGGGAAUAUGGAAUGGGGAGUGGUUCAAAGGCCUCCUUCACACCAUUCGUGGACCCACGGGUGUACCAGACGUCCCCCACGGACGACGACAACGAGAACUCGGCCGCAGCCCUUUUCGCCAAUGAGCUGCUGAGGCAGGAGCAGGCCAAGCUGAACGAGGCACGCAAGAUCUCCGUCGUCAACGUCAACCCCACCAACAUCCGGCCCCACAGCGACACACCCGAGAUCCGCAAGUACAAGAAGCGCUUCAACUCCGAGAUCCUGUGCGCCGCCCUGUGGGGGGUGAACCUGCUUGUGGGAACGGAGAACGGGCUGAUGCUGCUAGACCGCAGCGGUCAGGGGAAGGUCUACAACCUCAUCACCAGGAGGCGCUUCCAGCAAAUGGACGUCCUGGAGGGCCUGAACGUCCUGGUCACCAUAUCAGGAAAAAAGAACAAGCUCAGGGUCUACUACCUGUCAUGGCUCCGGAACAGGAUAUUGCACAAUGACCCGGAAGUAGAGAAGAAGCAGGGCUGGAUCACCGUGGGGGAGCUGGAAGGCUGUGUCCACUACAAAGUCGUGAAAUAUGAGAGAAUCAAAUUCCUGGUGAUCGCCCUGAAGAACUCCGUGGAGAUUUACGCGUGGGCACCGAAGCCGUACCACAAAUUCAUGGCUUUCAAGUCUUUUACAGAUCUCCAGCACAGACCCCAGCUGGUGGACCUGACCGUGGAGGAGGGCCAGAGGUUAAAGGUCAUCUACGGGUCCAGCGUGGGAUUUCACGUGAUCGACGUGGACUCGGGGAACCCCUACGACAUCUACAUCCCGUCCCACAUUCAGAGCAGUGUCUCCCCACAUGCCAUUGUGGUGCUCCCCAAGACUGACGGAAUGGAGAUGCUUCUGUGUUAUGAAGAUGAGGGGGUCUAUGUGAACACAUACGGCAGAAUCACCAAAGACGUGGUGCUCCAGUGGGGAGAGAUGCCCACCUCCGUUGCCUACAUCCACUCCAACCAGAUCAUGGGCUGGGGAGAGAAGGCCAUUGAGAUCCGCUCGGUGGAGACGGGACACCUCGACGGAGUUUUCAUGCACAAGCGAGCUCAGCGACUGAAGUUCCUCUGUGAGAGGAACGACAAGGUGUUCUUCGCCUCUGUCCGUUCUGGAGGCAGCAGCCAAGUCUUCUUCAUGACCCUCAACAGGAACUCUAUGAUGAACUGGUAACAUCUUGUCCCCUUCAUUCCCAUGCGUGAUCCUCUCCGCGUAAAGUGUGUAAGCAUACAGUACAUUUUAACACUGAUCAAAAACAAAAAAAAAUAAAUAAAGAAGAAAAAAACUGUCAGCGAACAGAGGGAGCACUGUAAAUCCUGACCCUGGCCCAAUGGCGCCUGGAGCUUGUGAGGAGGACUCUGCGUGGCGACUCCCGACUCUGCGACAGCCAGAGUUUUGACAGGACGGCACCCUGCGCUGCGGUUAAACGUCCUGUAGAGGGGGCCAGAGAGCACCAUCCCCCCCCUCCCUGCCGUGGGCCCACGCUUUUUACGAGGACUUCCGUCGAGGCCCAGCAUCAGUCGCCCGGGCACAGAUCGUCUUCUGACCGUUAGGUUUUUUUUUUCUCAUUCGCCCUCGGUUUUUAGCGUUCCUUUUGCUGAGAGGACUCGGAAGGGAGGGGGAUCCCCGGCUUUUGGCAGCGUGGGAGCCGAAGGACCAAACUCCCGACUGCGUGGAAACUAUCCAACGUGACAAAAAAAGAUGACAAAACAAAAAGCGCAGCAGAUUUGCGCCGAGGCAGAUGACCUUCAGCUGGGCGAUUUGCCCUGUCCCUUCCCUUGGCUUUUUAGCAUAGCACUGUGUGUGCACUGGAACACCUUCCUGGACUGUCUCGUUCUGUGGUAAAUGCACACCUGCUUGGGUUGGCUGAUCCUGAAGCACCAUCUCACUGCACUGUAGCUGUAGUCGGACAAGGGGCCGCCGCGGGAGCCGAUUCCUACUGCUGAGAUCCCACCGCUCUUGUCCAGAGCAGACUGUUCAUCUCCUCCUGGAGUCAGCCAAGGACUCCAGCCAUUUCAUUCACAUGUGUCAAGUCUUACCAGCUAACCUUUUUUUCCCCUGAGAGAGGUGCUUUAGGCUCCAGUUGUUUCUCUGGGUUAAAGAGAGUCACAGAUCUUUCACGGUUUAAAGAGGUUGGCGAAGAGCCGGGGAGCUCAAUGGCUUUAGCAAUGGGUGCUCAGUCUUUGGUGCCAACUACAGCCUGAUUUGUUACUGCUGAUGUGGUGUUUUUGGCGUAUGGCCAUCACCCCACUCCCCCCAUCCCCCAUCACCACGUCUUCCCUUUGAAUUAAUAGAUUUCUGCAGGUCUGUGUGAAAUCUUCGCUCUUAUUUCUUUACAUAACCUUGUCACUGAAUGGUUUUAUGAGUAUGUCUGAGAGAUGUUUUUCUUUUUUUCCGGUCUUCAUUAUCUCUAUAACUU